AUGCCACCCGUGCUGCAGUUGCAGCAGCAGGAGCUGCUACAGCUGCAUAGGCUCCCUCGGAUACAGCAUCAACUCCAGCAGCAACAGCAACACACGCAACAGCAACACACGCAGCAGCAACACUCGCAACAGCAACACACGCAGCAGCAACACACGCAACAGCAACAUUCGCAACAACAACAGCAACAUACGCAACAACAACAGCAACAACAGCAACAUACGCAACAACAACAGCAACAUACACAACAGCAACAUACGCAACAACAACAGCAACAUACGCAACAACAACAGCAACAUACGCAACAGCAACAGCAACAUACGCAACAACAACAGCAACAUUCGUCUGUAUGCGCUGCAGCAGCAGCAGAAGACGCGCAAGCAGCAGACGCAUGCUCGACGCACCUUGACGCCUCCACGCUGGCUGUACAGUCAGGGCUUGUCGUGGUUAGUGCCUCAACGGCAGGUGCAGCUGCAGCGCCUCCUUUAGCCGAAGCACGUGCAGCUUUUCGGGGAGUGAGGCAGCAGAUACAGCAGCACAAGCAGCAGAUACAGCAGCCCAAGCAGCAGAUGCAGCAGCCCAAGCAGCAGAUCGAGAGUCAGCCCUUUGAAGGGCAAGGUAAGCAUGCCUUUAUUGGUAUUGCGCGGCAGCAAGACAGGAGCAGCAACAGCAACAAGAGCAGAAUAGGGAGUGGCAGCCGCCUUCCAGAGCUCUGGCAACACACGAAAGCCUUUCGCAAAGGCAGCAGCAGUCGGAGCAGCAGCAGCAACAGCCUUGUGGGGGCACUAGCUGAACUUCUGGGGGGAGACACUGGAGGAGACAGGAGAGGCAGCAGCAAAGAGCUCCCCGCGGAGAGUGAUGACGAUAUCUUGCUCCUACCGCGACCAUCCCAGCAGCAGCAGUUGCCUGACAGAGCCUCUGCCUUGCCAGCACAGCCGCUGCAAAAUCAGCAGCAGCAGAAUCCACCAAAGGGGAGGUGUUUCUUCUACGGGCUGCUGCUGCUGCUGCUGCUGCUGCUCGCGGGAGCCUUGCUGCUCGGCUGUCUCUUUCACAAGCACAAGCUGGUGCGCAUGAGACCUAGAGACUUGCAGCGCCUGCAGCUAGCAACCUUUCGGCAGCUGCAGCAGCAGCUUCUACAGUCGUCGGCGCAGCAGCAGCAGCAUCCUUUGCCGCUGUGCUGGCACCACCCGCAGCAGCUCUUCGAGCUGCAGCAGCAGCUGCUGCUGCUGCACCCUUCAAAAGAAGCGGCAGCAGUAUUUGCAGAGGCCACUGCAGCGGCAACAGCUGGCAUUGACAGCAGCCAGUCUGCAGCACUCUCUUCGGAGGCGGCGAUGCUUUUCUUGCAAGCCUUGCAGCAACGAAAGCAACAGUCUCCAGAGACAGAAUUCUGCAGCAGCGGCUGCUGCAACAGCAUCCCUAGGAGCAACAGCAACAGCGCGAGCAACAGCAACAACAGUACGACCAGCAGCAACAACAGUGCCAGCAGCAGCAACAGCACCAGCAACAAUAGCGGCAGCAGCAAUACUAGCAACAGCACGUGUUCUUUACCUCCGUUCCCCAGGGGUGUCUGGUUUUUUGUUCGAGCCAAGGCAGCUAAGCAGCUUCGCUCUUUCAUUUCUCCCGCUACGGCUGCUUCUCCUGCUUCAGUGCUUGUAUGCGCUGAGGAAGACUUUGCAUAUCUCGCCGCUUCCGCCUCCGCCCAUGCAGCAGCCGCUGCCUCCGCGGCAAAGAGCUGGCUAAGUGCUGGUGCAAGCCGUUUAAAAGCAGCUGCGUUGAGCGCAGCCAAUGCAGUCAUUCGCGCGUUGACACACUUCAGAAACAUCCAGCACGCAGCAAGUGCUGCAGUGCAAGCAGGCGCUGCAAGCGUGAUGGGUGUGGUGCCUUCUUUAGCUUCUCCGGGAACAACAACAGCGGCAGACUUUCCGAGCACAUGUGCAGCUUUUCCUGGAGAAUGCAUGCAAUGCAGCAGUCUUAAGGCGUCGGAAACGCAGUUGUUGCAAAGCCCGCCGCAGCAGCUUCCUCGGCAGCCGCUACAGCAGGAGGCGGUUUGCGUGCCAACGCCGCAUGCAGCGGGAAGCCCCAAGGCGGCUUGCUGUGAAAUGGCCUUUGAGUUGAUUCUGAUGCAGCUCCUCGAGCAGCAGCAAGUGACUCUGUCAGAUCCACGAGGCCGUUUGAUUCUCUACGCCUCUGCGCUGCGAGCCGCGACGGGAGGCUUGCUGCCUUCUGCUUUCCUCCGCCUAUUUGAUCAGGAGAAACAAGCGCCCUCUGCAGCCAGUGCGGCACGGCUGUGGGAGAUUUCCGUGGCGCCUUCAGAAACACCACCUCCCGGCGAGGUUUCUGAAGCUGCGGAGUACGCGCAGAGUGAGAAAGGCGCCUUCGGAUCGCUGCCUCUGGUGUCUCUGCAGCCGGAGUUUGCUGCCUUCGGAACGCCGUGCUACCCCUUGGCACGAUUCUUGCAUCAGCGGCUGCUCGGCUGGGGAGGCUUGCAGCUGCAUCUGCUGCUGUUGGGGGGUUGGGGAUUUUCCUUGUUUUCUGCCGCUCCCUUGACGCUUGUUCAUGUGCCGCGUGCUGCCUUUCUGUCGCUCCUCAUUCUGUAUCGAGGCAUUUGCUUGUACACGGGAUUCAACUGGCUGGGUUCGAAGCUUGGUCGGUGGCUUGAUCAGCUGCAGCAGCACCUGCAGCAGCAGCAGCCGCUGUCUUCGCCCUCGCUGCAUUCGGGAGCUUGGGAAGAAGACGCAGACGAGGGGGAGGAAAGAAUCAGCUGGACGGAUAUCGAUGUUAGCGAUCACGUGCUGUUGUAUGUUCUGGCUGUGCUCAUUGUGGCUAUUGAAACGUCUGCCGCUUUCGCUUCGCGCUGCACUGCUGCUGCUGCUGCUGCCCGUGCUGCUGAUCCUCGAAGUCUGCGAGACACCGAGCCUCCAACGAAUUGGUCCUUUUAUCCGACAGCCUUUUCCAAUUUCCCUCUCGACACUAGACAGACAAAGUUUAGCGGCACGCAUCCAGCCCAUGCCAAAAAGCCUUCUCCACCAGGGAGGGCAGGCAGCAGCAGCCGCUUCAGCAGCAAACGCUGUAAGCGAAGAUACUCUUACCUUGUGAUCGCCAAACCUCCACGGGGCGUUGGUGGUCUGUCAGCGGCGAACGUCGUCAUGCUUGGUGUAAGAUCUUUGCAGUACACUGCGCGACUUUGGGGAAAGAGGAGGGUAGGAGGCACACUAGGAAUUUUUGACGGCGUGAUCAUAGCAUAG